AUGGGGUAUGAGGAGCUUUGGCCGAGCACCACCAGGUCGGGGCCCGUCAGAAYUGCAGAAGGAGGAGGAUUUCUGUGGGGACGAUUUGUGCCGGGGGCGGAUCCCACGGCCCGGGGCACUUCCCGAGCCCUCACGCGCUCAGCCCGCGCGGCCGUUGGGCCGGGCCCGCAGGCGGCGCGUGCCGCGCGUUCCCGCCCGCCCGUGAGGCGGGGUCUGGGCCCUCAAAUACAGCGAGCGAGGGAGGGCGAUCGCCGUGAGCGCCCAGUGCUGCAGCUCCGCUCCCGCAAAGUCAAGCCCAGAAGAAAAAUCAACCUGACCUCUUUCAGAGCUCUGUUGAGUCCCAGAGAACAGGACAGAGGACUCUCUCCAGCCAGAACACUCCUUAGGGUAAAGGACGAAGACUUCUGGUCUGAAGCAGAGGGUGACACGAGCUGCUCUGUCCCUGAAUCCAUCAUGGAACAGAUGGAUGGAUCUCUCCAGAUGGAGCAUGCACUGCUGUUCACCUUCCUGGAGGCAUCCUCUGACUGUAAGUUCAGAGACCAGCUGCAUUCCCUGCAAAGCCAGCAGAUUCUGUUGUGCCAAGAAAAUGAUGACGAUGAGCUUCAGACUGAUGGCAAUCGGAGCGGCCACUUUCAGAAUGGAGAGCUAGGGUUGGUUCCAACAAAUGAAGAUGUUAUCCGCAUCAUUGCAGCUCAGCUCGCUGAGAUUGGAGACCAGCUUGAUAAAGAAAUUCAAGGAAGAGUAGUAAAUGACCUAGUGCAGCACUUUCUAAAUGAGAGUUUGUCUAGAGAGGAGAUAACCAGGCACAUGUCCAGGGUAGUGAGAGAGCUUACAAGAUCCAUUCCCUCAGACAUGGAACAGGAGAAGGCCAUGUUAGUGCUAGCAAUGGUGUUGACUAAGAAAAUUGUGAAUACAGUGCCCUCCCUUCUACACCGUGUCUUUAACACCACUGUGAACUACAUGAACCAACAGCUCCACAACUACGUUGCUGAAAUGCUACGUGAGUGAGCUCUCCAGCCCUGUGUGGAGAAUGUGGAUUCCUGAAGAUUUUCCUUGAUGUAUGAAGAUCMUUUAUUUGAUUUGCUUUUAACUUCUGAGAUACAGCUGUGAAAGGGAUGGCAGAGCUUCAUAGAUAGGCUUUUGUAGACUAGCACAGCAGUAAUAGUAGUGUGAGGUGCCUGGCAGCUCUGCCAGUACCUGUAGGGAGUAGUAGUGUUUGCCCUCUCUUUUACAAUAUUUUUUUAUCUUAGCAGCAGCAGACUUUAUGCAGAGCCUGCCUUGUGCUUCCAGAGGCCCGGUGGGCACAGGGCCUGCCUUCUCAGUGUUUUUUUCUAAGCAGCAAUAGCAUUUUGCUUUAGUGAUUUGCUUUCCAGCCCUGCCUCCUGCAGCUGAGCCAUGCUGAGUGUUGUUCCCAGGGAGGCCUCAGGCUGUGGAAUGGGUGGUUGGUCAGCAGAGAUCAUCAAGGGGUAUGGGGGGCAAUCAGGUCUAUCUUGAUGGGSAACUGGCAGCAAGAGGGAAGAGCCCUGAGGUGUGGAGGGGUGUGUGGCUGAAAUGAAGAUACUUCAGUAUCAGUCRCCAUACACCUCUGUUAGCUUGAAAAAUAGAACUGACAAAAAAACUGCAAAGAAGAAGGGAGGUUAGGCACAGGGCAAGUAUUUUUGGGAAUGCAACCUGGAUAUGCUUCAUAAAAGUGGUAUGUCUUGUAGUCACAUCUCAGGUUGAACAUACUUGGACUCAGGUUGUUUGAUACAUACUUAUAAUCACACAAGGUAGCAAAUGCAUCACCUGUGAUCCUUAGGAUUUUUCAAAGUAUGUAAAUAUUUUGUGGGGUUUUUUAAUUUAAAUAAAAAUGUCAUAUGUGAUGGCUACUACA